UUUAGGCAUGGGGUCAAGUGGGAGGGGUAAGUGUUGGCUUAUUAAAGACUUGAAUGACACUGGACUCAUCGAGAGGAUUUAGUACUGCUAUAACGGACUGAUGCAGAAGGUGGCAGCAAUACAAAAACAAUGAUGCCGGCUGCCGUUUAAUGUCAUAGAAGAAGAAGAAGGAGCUCGCAUCUCUAUGUCACUUCCGGGUUUAGUCGAACAGUAGUAGGGGAAAAAAAAAGUCCUAGUUGCUAUGAGAUUGAGCUAGUUAGCCACCGACAGAUGUCAGUACACCUGAGCAAAAAUAUCCAUGUCCAGACACAAGAAGGCUUUUCUGAGUUUUUUCCUGCUUCUGUGUGCUUUCACAGACACAUUAGCUUGUCUGACGCCCGACUGUGAAUCGAUCCAGCUGGUUUAGUGAAGAGACUGUAGAGUGUUGGCACCACAGUGUGCCAGUCUUUUUCAAGACCCAGGGAUUUCGCAAUCCAGAAGAUGAACGGUCUCUCCAUACGAGAGCUAUGCUGCUUAUUCUGCUGCCCUCCUUGCCCCAGCCGUAUUGCAGCCAAACUGGCAUUCCUCCCUCCAGAGCCCACCUACACCCUUCUUCCUGAUCCAGAUUCAGGUUCCGGUAAUGGAACUGCAACUGGGCCCAGCACUGGUACUGCCCUGCCAUCGCUUGGAGCCCCAGGACUUCGCUCCCGCCUGAGUGCUUCUAGUGGAGGUGACAGAGGUGGAGGAGGAGGCGUAGGUUGUGGGGGUGGGGGCAGUUGUGAGGGCAGGUGGAAGCUGCAUCUGACAGAGAGAGCAGAGUUCCAGUAUUCACAAAGAGAACUGGAUGUGACAGAUGUCUUCCUGACCAGGUCCAGUCGAGGGAACAGGGUUGGAUGUAUGUACAUUCGCUGUGCCCCUAACGCCAGGUACACGGUGUUGUUUUCCCAUGGUAAUGCAGUAGACCUGGGCCAGAUGAGCAGCUUCUAUAUUGGCUUAGGCACACGCAUCAACUGCAACAUCUUUUCCUACGAUUACUCAGGCUAUGGCGUUAGCACUGGCAAACCUUCAGAGAAGAACCUUUAUGCCGAUAUUGAUGCUGCCUGGCAUGCACUGCGCUCUCGGUAUGGAAUCAGCCCUGAGAAUAUCAUCCUCUAUGGACAGAGCAUCGGCACGGUGCCCACAGUCGACCUGGCAUCACGCUUUGAGUGUGCUGCUGUGGUCCUACACUCUCCUCUCACCUCAGGCAUGAGAGUGGCCUUUCCCGACACCAAGAAAACGUACUGUUUUGAUGCCUUCCCUAACAUUGAGAAGGUGUCCAAAAUCCCAUCUCCUGUGCUGAUCAUCCACGGUACAGAGGACGAGGUGAUCGAUUUCUCUCAUGGCCUUGCCCUGUUUGAGCGCUGUCCCAAAGCUGUGGAGCCGCUGUGGGUAGAGGGAGCUGGUCACAACGACAUUGAGCUUUACAGUCAGUACCUGGAGAGGCUACGGCGGUUCAUUAACCAGGACCUGGGUCCGCAGCAUGCCUGAGGAGGAAACAAAAACAACAGCCUCUCUGCAUUUGUAUAAAUGAGAGCGUGGUUGAGUGAGAAAUAUGAAGUUGUGUGUAAGGUAUGAGUGGGAAUUUUUAAAUUUUUUUUGUCACAUCUGUGUGUCUUUGAAACAGCACACCAGCGUUAUGUUACUUUUAAAAUGUUAACUUAAUUUGUUAUGUUAAAGCAGAAGAAGUGUUUUUAAUAUAUUAUUAGCUUUAUCUGUACAGUGGUGUGUGGUGACAUGUUCAAAAAUGAAAUUAAACAAAUUCACAAACACUACUUUGACAGUGGAUGCCCUGCUAUCUUUGCUACGGUUUUAGUUUGAAGGAAGAUUUUAGCUUUCAAAAGUGAUAUUCACAGUUAUUAAAAACUUGUGCUUUGUCCAAAAAGGCACACAGAUGUCAUUUUUAAGUGUGAUACUGUCAUACAUGUAUGCUUUUAUGAAUGUGUGUGUACAUUCAUAUCUUCAUAACCUGUGAGACCUGAAUAACGUGUGCGUGAGGUUGCGUGAGUGUGGCCGUACUGACAAAUGAAGAACUUCCUGAGGACUUGAACAGCUAUGAAUACAGGAAGCAUAUCAGUACUGUUUUGUUUUUGCGUGGGUAUGAAGAAUAUUUUAUCGGUUCUCUCUCCAUUGGACAGAAAUGGGUCGAACACCUCCCUGUUUUCCCAUUGGUGGACAUCAUGUGACUGCCAGAUAAUUUCCCAAGUAGUUUUUCCAGUUAACACAAAACGUUUAGUGUGGUUUGGGGGUCCACGCCUUUCAAUAAGUAUUAAGGUGGAUACACAAGGACUUGUCUGGAGUACUGUCAUAGCCGAUGUUUUUUGCUGUUUUUUUUUCUUCUGUUUCCUCUGCUUCAUUUCUCUCUCUAUGAACCCUUAGGAGACUGGACAACUUCAGCUUGUAUUCUGGAGGCUGUGGGUAUUACUUUUAUUACUCAGACUUUGUGUUGUUUUUUUCUUUCAUUUUUGCCUCCCAGUUCUUUAUUUUUUUGUGCACAACACAGGGAUGGCGGAGCAUUUCUGUGAUGAGAUUGAAGCAGGUGUUUGAGAUUCUGAGGGCAUCUCGCUAUAUCUGAGCUAAAGAAGUAAUAUAGACAUUUGAAGGCUGUAGCUCUUCAGUUUUUUUAUUGCAAAAGUGUUGGACAGUCUGCACUGAAUUAGAAUGUAAUAAUAGGUCUGAGGUGCUCCUACUGAGGAGGUCUUUGAUUGUUUUGUAAACUCAGUGGAGCUUCUUCUCUUUGGAUUUAUGGCUUGCUGGGUAUAACAAGCAUCCUCAUUAGCAAACUGACAGCUUUUUUGGGGGGCUUCAUAAUGUCGUCUCCCGUGUGAUGCUGAGGGAAAAGUUGAACUUCUAGUCUUACGGCACAGUUUGGUUUACACUCUCUCAGCACUUUCCCUGAGGUCUUUGUCAUGGUUCAGGAAACUCAGAAUGGGUGUUGUGGUGUUGGGCUGUAGGAUUCUGUUUGGGACAGAACCAUGACAGCCGGUGUGUUUUUAGCUGAGGUGGCAGCACGGAACACCAUACCUGCUAUCUGUGCUCAACCUUUGUGGCCCUCGUCUACAGGCGCUCUCUUAUGGUGGCAGUACGCUUCAUGUCUGACACAAGCCAUAUUUGAGCCUCUCACUGUUUGUGUGGUGCAGGUUCCACCACACACACUUUUGCACAUCACCACCCACAUACUUUUAAACACAUAACAUGUACUGUAUAAUACAGUAUAUUUACACAUUUAUAUAUAUCAGAUCAAGCAUGACAAAAGCAGGUCUUAAGUUCAGCACUAUUGUAUAAAAAGCAUCAAGUGUAAUAAGGAUAUAAAUAGUAAGUUUGUGUGUCUUCAUUAUUGAUUGUUUUCUACAGGCUGGCAUCAAGUAUAUCUUAUUUGUAAAAAGUACUAAAGUACUUUUAGUAAGUAAAGUGGGCCCUUUUUCACCAACACUGUGUAGGCUUAAAAAAGUGCAAGAAAUGGUUUUGUGGCCUCCGGUUACAAUCACAUUAGUAUGUGAUUAACACUGUGUCAUGGUGGUUGCUCUCCUUCAGCCUGUUCAGCUUCCUGUCUGCUGUACAGGUGCUUUAUCAGUUUGUAUUCAGAUGUUUCAAGGUUGGUCUGGGAAUUUGAUUUUUGGGAAAUGGUUUGCGUUACCUUGCAACAAGUUUUCCAUUUGUUGUGAUGAGGUUAUCGCCUCCUUUACACUGCAGUGGAGUUGCAAUGCUUGGCAACUAAAUGAACAGCCGUUUUCACAGUUGAAUCAUUUUGAGUCUCUUUUUGGAAAAGAAAGUCCAGAUUGUUUAAUUUUAGCUUCAUACGUAAAUGUCAGUAUUUUUGCAGUUUCAUUACUACUUUCUUUGCUCCUCUACAGCAAUAACCUGAGAUAUUUAAGGAUGCCAUCUUGGUAUUUAGGAAGUAUUUAUUGCCACUUUUCAGCUUUUUUUGGGGGGGGACAUUUUAUGGACCAAAGAACUAAUUGUGGGCUUUUGCCCUGCACAUAGAACAGCGCACCAGACUCUUUAGUCUCUCCUUGUGGGUGGUGAGCCCACAUGGAGGUGGUGCCAUGUUGUGUCAUUGGUCUGACUCCAACCAUGCCCUGUGGCUGUAGACCCGGCCACCAGGUGCUUGCCUGCAAGUUCCCCCAGGCCUGGCUCCAGGGGCAGUCCUCUGUUUCAGUAAUCUGGGUGAGGUAUUCUUUAUUGUGUUAAUCGAGUCUUUUUUUUUUAAUCCCUGUUUCAUCACCUGGGACCAAAUUUUCAAAGGAGGCCCUAUCAGGAGCUAAUACUCCAGCUCUCAGGAAUUACUGGACCACACAAACCCCUCCUCCACACUAAGGUGUCGAUCCAGGGAGGAGAAGUGGAAAAGAGAUUCUUCUGUCUGGUAUCUGGGCUUAUGCUCAGGGAUGGGCAGAGAAGCAAAUAUUUGGGAGGGACUCUGCGUAGAACUGCUGCUUCUUCAUAUGGAAAGGAGUUAGCAGAGGUGGGUCGGACAUCUGGUGAGGAUGUGCCCUGGUCGUGUCCCUAGGGAGGUCUUCCAGGCACGUCCAACUGGGAGGAGGCUCUGGGGAAGACCCAGAACACGCUGGAGGGGUUAUAUUUCUAAGAUGACUUGAGAAUAUCUCAUGAUCCCCAGGAAGUGUUGGAGGGCUCGACAGGAUAGGGAAAGUGCGGCCUGAGCUGCUUGGUCUCCUGCCAUUGAGACAUGGAGCUGAAUAAGUGGCAGAAAGUGAUUGAA